AGGCCAACAGCGGCUCAAAUCCGAGUCUGUUCAUCAAAGGCGAAGGGCAUACAACUGUGUUCAGCUGGUUGUUAUCAAAGGAGUUGUUGCAGAGGAGAGGGGCUGUGCGAAGCUUCCCAGAAUUACAGUCCGCAAGGAGCUCCAGUGCGCCAUCUCUGCGCCCAUGACAAAAUGCCGCCUUACCUAUCACCCUUACAUAUAGCUCACCGAACGUUACCUGAUCGCUGCGAACCCGCCAACCAUUUCCUCUACAGCCUUUCCGUCUUCCUCGGCUCCUGUGUUCCUACAAAUCUCGCCUUCAUUUCUACCCUCCUCGGUACCUUGAGCAUCGUAUCGUGGCUGUUCGCCCAACUCCCCCAAAUAUACAAAAACUACAAGUUGAAGUCAACGUCUGGUCUCAGCAUAUUCUUUCUCACCGAAUGGUUGCUGGGUGAUUUGUCUAACCUGCUGGGGUCCCUCUUCACCCAGCAGGCGACGUGGCAGGUCAUUAUCGCUGGAUAUUAUGUCUUCGUUGACUGUGCUCUUUGCUUCCAGUGGGUGUGGUACGCGCUCUUGAAGCAUGGCCGGCCUCUUCGCCCCGCUUGGGACUUCAGACAUUCAGCCAAUGGCAACGGUGCAUCCGAUAUGGGCCAGUCGGGGGACGGGAUGAGCAUCGCAGAUAGCCAAAGUUCAGCAACUGUCUCACAAUCGACACCUAGAGUCAUUCCGGCCGACCAGAAGGAUGAUACUCUCUCUUCGAGUCCGCGGCAAAAUACCCCCAAGCGCUCCAAUCCCAUGGACGCCUUUCGCAUGCCAAACUAUGCUCGCUCUCCCAGUUCUUACAAAGAAUCAUGGCAAGGAACCCCUUCCGGAGCUACACCUACAAACCGUGACAUAAGACGUGUAGCUGCAUCAUCAUCUCCUGGCGGCGUGUCCCUCUCCCCGAAAACGGUUCUAUACAUCUCCCUCGUGCUCGCCAUUCUCUCCCACACUUCGACUGCGAAACCAGUGAGCCCCUUUGCCCCAGCUCCUUACAUAAACCACACGCCUAUCCGCUCAACCGCCUAUACCUCAUCGUCUUCUCAAGCCACACCUACCGAAAUUGCUGGGAAAGUACUCUCGUGGAUGAGUACCCUUCUCUACCUCGGCUCCCGCCUUCCACAACUCUACAAAAAUCACGUCCGCAGAUCAACCGCCGGCCUCAGCCCCACACUCUUCCUAGCCGCUUUUUUUGGUAACCUCUUCUACUCGAGCUCGCUCCUUACCAACCCCUGCGCAUGGUCUGAUUUCGCACCCGGGCAGGGUGGUGGCUGGGUUGGCCUUGAAGGUAGCGUACGCGAGGAUUGGGUGUUGCGCGCAACACCAUUUUUCUUGGGCGCCGCCGGAGUGCUGGUCAUGGAUGCAGCCGUGGGUUUCCAGUUCUGGUACUUUGGCGACGGAGAUGAUGUCGACGGUACCGACACGUCUCGUGGUCGUGGAAAAGCGCGAAACAGCGAUAGCGAUAGCGUUGUCUCGGUGGUUCUUGUCAAUGACGAUGGAGCAAGGAAGCGUCGGCGCGUCAGAUGGAGGAGGGUAAGUGGGUGGAUGCGUGGGUGGGUUCCAGCGGUUAGUGUUGCUGGAACGCCUAGUGGAAGUCGCGCGUCUACCCCAGCACCUGAUGCCCACCCUCACACUCCAACAACUGAAGAUGCGGAGGGUCGCGAGAGGAGCUCGAGCAUUCCCAUCUCAUCGAGGGGCGCGUUGGAUGAGGCCAGAGCGUUGUUGGGAACGCAGAGACACGCCAGUCCUAGAAGUUUUGGAUAUGGGGGCGUAGGGGGUUAG